CGGAGUUAACGUGUUAACAAAUAGCAUGGAACGAAAGUGCGUCUUGUAGGGGACAAAAAAUAAUGAUAUUUUGGAAUUUCGUCACAUCAUUAAGCGACUAUUCUGUAAAUUGCCAAUAACUACCUUUAAGUCUAGUCUGAGGACUAACACAUCCACAUUGAAUUCCUCGAAAAUGAAUGGCAUUCUGAAACUUGUUAUAAACCAACUUAGAAGAGGAAUUACCAAGCAGGAGACUUUGGUCACAUUACCCUGCAGAGCUGCAGGUGGUGCUGUUGCCCCUCCUGCAGACUGCAGUGUUACAGUAGAGGAGGCAGUGAGCCUGUGGACUCAACACUUCCUGCAGCAUGGAGUCUCUGAGCCUCUCUCGUCCAGUCACUACAUCAUAGCUCAUGUACUUGGAAAGAAAACACUGGAGAGUGUAGAGAGGAGGAGGCUGAGGGAAACCCUGACUGAUAAGGAGAGAGAGUGUGUUUGGAAAUUAUGUUCCAAACGCCUCACAAGGAUGCCUGUGCAGUAUGUGAUUGAGGAGUGGGACUUCAGGGACCUGACUCUGAAGAUGAGACCUCCAGUGUUUAUCCCUCGUCCUGAGACAGAGGAGCUUGUUAGCUUGGUGCUGGAGCAUCUCCAGUCUGAGCAGGUAAUGAAGGCCAGGGGCAAGGCUGCUGUUCACUGCCUGGAGAUAGGCUGUGGUUCAGGAGCCAUCUCUCUGAGCCUGCUGCACUCUGUUCCUCAGCUCAAGGGCAUUGCACUGGACCAAAGUCAAGAAGCAGUUUGCUUAACAAAAGAAAAUGCGAGCAGACUAGGUCUUCAGGACAGACUGGAAGUUCGUAAAUUAGAUAUUAUGAAGGAUGCGGCUUUGAUAGUGAGAGACUACGGCCCUGUUGAUGUGCUCGUUAGUAACCCCCCCUAUCUGUUCACUGAGGAUAUGGCAUCUCUGGAAGCUGAGAUACUUAAGUUUGAAGACCACUCAGCGUUGGACGGUGGUUUGGAUGGAAUGUCAGUAAUCAGUCAGAUUCUAGCUCUAGCACCACAACUCCUAACGAAUGAAGGUCGUUUGUAUUUGGAGGUGGACCCACGCCACCCCCCUCUCCUACAAUGGCUUGUGGAGGAGCAGACAGAAGGACUACAUUAUCUGGGAACAAGCUGUGAUCUCACUACCAGGCCACGGUUCUGUGUCCUCCAGAGGAGUGGAUGAUAACAGACAGCCUGCUGAAGAGUGUCUGAGUGUUUGUGUCAGGGUAGAAGCUACAGACUGAGUAGGAGUGAAGUCCAGGCUGAAAGAGAGGGUGAGACGGCACAUAAAGUGGUGGAAAGCUGAUAUGUCGUGUGGAUGGAGCCACAGCCUUUUUCUGUUUCGGUGGCUUCCUGCCAGAGAGUUGAGCACCUCCCCUCCUAACACUUCUCCCCAGUACUGAUCAUUGUAGAGGGGAUAACAGUGCAGUAAUUCUGAAAUGUUACAGUGGAAUGACAGGCCAGCCACAUGACUCCAGCAGACUGGGUUUUAGACUUAUCACCAUGAAGGGAUCUAGAUGAAAACUCACCAUCUGUGACUUUUACUUUGAAGUUAUGAAAAAUAUGGUAUCUUACACAUGCUCUCGCCACUUGGGUUAUUCUGAGUUUAUUUAAAAGCUGUGAGAAACUCUGAAACAGCCUUUAAUUUGAGGAUGUCUUCAUGCUAUUAUUGAUUAUGACUUUAAACCAGGUUUGUGUGAGUGGUUUGAAUUGUAGGCAGAUUUUAACAUCAGAGCUCUGGAAAUUCUGGAGUCUGUGCAGCCCUUCUAAACACUGUAGUGUUUAGAAUCUAACCCAAUUUCUUAUAGACACUGUCAUAGCAAGUGUCUCCUCAGAGUUAUACCUGAAUAUCAGCUUGAGGAUACACCUCUACAUUGCUUACCGGUGACUUAACAGGUGCACCCUCUGGGGAAUCACGUUCCUUACGUUUUUGAUGAAAUGUCAUUUGAGCUCAUGAAGUGUUUCGGGAACUCACAUUGCAUCAUUGAAAAUGACGCAGAAUCCCUGCAGGAGACCUGCAGCCUGUGCCUGGGGUCAUGGCUUGUUUGCAGCAUGCCAGAGGCUGGCCUGUUUGGAAAUGUAACAGGGUACGACUGUUCAACGUCCAAGUUAUGAUUAAAAAAUGAUCAUCCGACCAAAAGCCUGACAGAUUUUUUUUUUUUUUAAAUCAAAUCCCCACUUGCAGAAUACCUAGCACCACAGCUGGACCACUGCGUCUGUUUCUUUGUGAUUUUUUUUUUUUUUUUUCUUCCUUUCUGAGCCUACUAGCACAGCAGCUUGCGCAUUUGAAUAUGUGGCUGUGGUUUAUUUUGGUGAGAUUACAUUCAGUGGGCUUGCAAGUGUGCUUGUGUGCGAGUGUGUGGCAGGGUGCAGUAGGCUGAAGGUAAUUAUUCAAGCCUUUUUCUGAGAACUCCCCCUCCCGAUGAGGCUCUACCCGCUCCCUGGAAGCAGUGUGUGCAUUCUGCGAAACAGCUGGCAACCUGCCGCACUCUUACUGGUGAGCAUGCAUAUGCACACAUGCAUGCAGACAGAAAGGCAUAGUGCCUAUAAUGCUGGCUGAAGUGAGCACUACAUUUUGCAUGGAUGUUACUGUGAAUCAGAUCACUCUGAAUCAGCUUUUGUAGAGUUUUGUAGAGGCUCUGAAGUGACCACCCUUUAAACAAAGCAGUUUGUUACGUAGUGUAGCUGAUAUUUCUGAUGUAAAUGUAGUUGUUUGCAUCAUGUGUUUGGUAUUGUUGCCUCAAUGUCACCAACUAAAAUUAAGAUCCUACAGAAAAUUACACUAAUUGAACUAUAUAGCUAAAGUUCAAAUCUGCCCCUCAAUGUUCUCUGUAUUUAGAUUGCCUGCAUGUGUGUGAGGAGCUGCCACUGAGAUAACAUUACAGUAAAACACUGCUUCAGUUUCUUGGAAUAGUAAUCACAGUCUUGCCAAGAGAGAAUGGCCUUUAAUCCGAAAAAUAGGGGGAAGUUUUUCUUUUUUUAAUGGUAACAUAUCCUUGUUCUUUAGAAAUAUACUACUGGCCUUCAUGACAUUGACUGCCACGUUUUAACAGAUUUUUUAAGUCAAAAGCUCUAGACUUUGUGAAUAGGACUGAGCUACUUUUUCAUUGUCCUUAAUGAUUAGUCAAUUUUAAUUAAAAUAUUAGAGGCAAAUAAGUGUUUAUUACAUUUCAUUUAUUUGUUGACGCAGUGAUGACUGGGCAUUUAUCACAGGUUUUGUCUAAGAGAUGAUUGAAAACUACUUAUGCUGAUGGAAAACUAUUAUUGCUUUAGAAGGGGAGUGCUGCUCUGCCUGUCCCUGU